UUUUUAUUUCAGGUGAGUUGUUUUAUCCUUGCUGUGUUGUUCUCAACGCGUGACUUGUUAAAGUGAAGGAGAGGAAGUGACGCGACCAACGUCCUGGAGGCCGCCAUGAAGAAACGGCAGAAGCGGUGGUCUACGCCACCUCUUUUCAUCCUUGCUGCAGUUGUUACGCUGCUUGUCAUUCAGUGUGUUCCUUGUGCGUGUGAAACUUCAUCAUAUCUGACGUUCGAAGACCCUGACAUAGAGAAGUUUAACCAUAUGACGGUGCAUGAUUAUACCGAGCGUGUCUACAUUGGGGCAGUCAACCGUAUCUACCAGUUGUCGAGGGACCUGAAGAAGGAAGCUGUUGCAGAGAUGGGGCCCGUUGAGGACAGCCCGAAGUGCCCAGUCACUCGGGUUUGUCCGAACGAGCCCAAACGACCCACAGAUUACUACAAUAAGGCUCUCGUGGUGGACUACUCUCAAAGUAAACUGAUCGCUUGCGGGAGUCUGUUCCAGGGCACCUGCACGGUCCAUGACCUGAAUGACGUCUCCAUAUAUGAGACACCCGCAAGCGAAUCCGUGGUGGCCAACAACGCCACUGCGUCGACGGUUGCCUUCAUUGCACCUGGUCCUAAAAAUUUACCACGCACUCAUGUCCUCUAUGUCGGGGUCUCGUACACGGGCAACGGACCUUACCGUUCGGAUGUACCAGCUGUUAGCAGUAGAAGUUUGGACCCAAGUAACAUGUUUGUGAUAGCCCAUAGUGGCGUGACGACUGGCACCAAGAUCAUGCUCAACAGCAUGUCCAGAGAGAUAUAUCCAAUCACUUACAUCUAUGGAUUUAGCAGCAAAGGAUUCUCUUACUUCGUGACUGUGCAAAAAAAGGCCACGGAUCCUCCGAGGCCGUUCAUCUCGAAAUUAGUCAGAGUGUGUCAGAGGGACGUCCAGUAUUAUUCUUAUACCGAGGUGCCAUUGAUGUGCCGGUCCACCGAUGGUACGGAUUAUAAUUUGGCCCAAGCAGCGUAUGUUGGUAAACCGGGCUCCGAACUAGCGAAAUCGUUAGGAAUUUCUGCCCAGGACAGUGUGCUUUUCGCCGUAUUUGCGAAGUCGAAAGAUGAGGCAGACAUAUAUAACAAACCGAGCCCCAACUCAGCUCUGUGUGUUUAUGCUUUAUCAGUCGUGCACAGGAAGUUUACGCAAAAUAUUCAACACUGCUUCAAUGGAAAUGGUGAAAGGGGCCUGGACUUCAUCAAUCCUAGUCAACCCUGCUAUCCCACGCAAUUACAAAUCAACGACGAAUUUUGUGGCAUGGAUGUAAAUACGCCGCUGGGCGGUAGUAUGCCAGUGGAAGCCGCUCCUGUUCUUCGGUUUACCGGAAUUCUUCUGACAGCAGUUGCUGCCACUUCCACGCACGAUUACACCGUCACUUUUCUCGGCACAUCUUCUGGUCAUUUGAAAAAGGCGGUCGUAGAAACCAUAACGAAAGCCUCAGAAUACGCCGACAUCGUGAUUGAUGAAGGGAGUCCGGUAAAUGCCGACAUGGUGUUCGAUAAAGCUAGAAAUCAUCUAUACGUCAUGACAGAAAAGAAG